GGACGGUGUUCCACCACCACACCGCACGGCCUGCGUUUCCGCCGCGGAACCAGCGUAGCGCUUCAGUCGGCCACGAGGGGGCGCGCUACGAUUAAAGGCGGCGGGGAGUGAUUCCGUGUGACCCCAGAUCUCAGUGUGGCGUUCAGCGGCCGCUGCCGGGUGGGAAAAGGCUGGAAGCGCGGAGUGGGGGAGGGGGCCGGGAGCAAGAUCCAGCUGUUGCUGCUGCUGCUGGUGAGGCGCUCAAGUGCAGAAAGGAUGACUAUGACUUUGAUCCGCAACAGGCUGGGGCUGCUGGUCUUGGGAGUCCUCGUCACCUUCGUCCUCUACCUGUUGCUCCCUGCAAUCCAGCAUGAGAGAUUUACAUCUUCCAUAGACAUCCCCAAGCCACGGGCUAUGGAGGAAGAGAUGAAGAAGAGUCAAGGCAAUGUCACUAUUUUGACCGGGAAAGUUCUACAGAACCCCUCUGUCUUUUUCAGAGAAGCUGUAAUGGUACGUAAAGAUGGGGCUCCCACCACUGAAAGCAGACUGGAGGUGAUCUUUCUACAUGGUCAGGCCUUCACUUCCAAGACAUGGGAGGACCUGGGUACCUUGGCUUUGCUCUCUGAGAGUGGGUAUCGAGCAAUAGCCAUCGACUUGCCUGGCUACGGGAACUCCCCGCGCUCCAAUGCUGUGGAGACAGUGCCAGGCCGUGUUGCUUUUCUGCAGCAAAUCCUUAAGGAGCUGGGCCUUCAGAGACCGGUUCUGAUCAGCUCGUCCAUGAGUGGCCGUUACUCCAUCCCAUUCCUUCUGGCCAGUGGGGAGCAACUGAAGGGCUUUGUGCCCAUUGCACCUGUGAGCACCAAGGACUUCACUAUUCAGCAGUAUCAGAAGGUCAAGACUCCAACUUUGAUCGUCUAUGGAGAGCGUGACGCUGGCCUGGGCGCCCAGUCUCUCCAGAGCCUUCAACAGAUCCCCAGAUCCAGGGUUGUCAUGCUGUCUGGAGCUGAUCAUGCCUGUUACCUUGAUAAGCCUCAAGAAUUCCACAAGGCCCUCCUGGACUUCCUGGCUGAGCUAAAGUGAUGGAAGAAUCCUUGCCCUGCCACCCACUUCCUGUGAAAGGCCAAGUCUCUGCCACGCAACUGGGGUGCUGCGUCUUUGAAUCUGUUACUCCACAUUUCAAGGGCUACAGGGCUUGCUGACUGCUCCACAAGAGGAGCUUCUCCCUACUUGCUUGUGGGGCUGCUUCCACUUUGCCUGCGCAGGCUUGACUGAAGGAAUCCUGCAGUCUGGCAGAAAUACUGGAUUAUGGGUGGAUGACUUAGGGGGAUUCUCCCCACCGUUGCUGCCACCUCUUCAGGGUGUUUGUGGUGAAGAGGUCUGGAGAAUUUGACAGUCUCUUACCCAUUUGAGAGCUGAUCGCUCUGGAUGAAAAUGCAGCUGCAACUCUAGUUUCUUAUUUCAGGAGCACAAGCUACCUGUGUUGGGUUGAGGUGGCACUUCUCCACUGACUAUUGCUUCUGGCAUGCAUGCUCCUGUUCUAAGGAUCAAGGGCUUGCCACAUGCCUGUUGUAUUAUUUUACCCCCUAUCUUGGUUCGGGGGUCCUAGAACUUGCCCAUCAGUGGAAUGAGACCAAGUAUGCUGGUGUGCUGAAGUGUGCCCCCAGUAAGGCGUGUGUGUGUCCUUGUGAUAAUCUGAACAGGAAGAAACCACUGUUAGAGGUGGUGUUAGGACUGGCCAGGAGGCUUUUGGGGAGACUUAGGGUAAUCCUAAAAACUAUUUCACCCCCCUCCCCUCUUUUAAAAAAUGUUUGGUUAUUGCGAUGCCUCGGGGCUUCGGCAGUAACAAGUUGGUGGUUGUAUGUGGGUGAUUUUUGUUCUUGUUAAGGAACGUUAAAUGGACUCUCACUCAAGGACGAGGGAGGGUGGAUAUAGGGAGAAGUAAUGCAAUAAGUUUCCCAAGGAGCACAGUCCUUACGUUAGGAAAGUGAUGAUUACUUUUGCUCACUGGGUCAUAACCUUGUAGGAUUCUGAGUGUUAGAGGUCAAUAAACCAUUUGUACAGUU